AUGUAGGACGUAGAACAUUUUAGACCGCAGAAAGACUUUACCGAAAGAGCUCUAAGUACUGAGCUUGUAGACUCAUGCUGCAAUGGCUCUGGCCGAUGCGAUGUUACCAUCGAUAACGACAUUUACAAACAACCAGGUUCUGGACAAAGCGCAGUCUGAAAUUGUUCACUACUGGAGUCUGGAUGAGAAGGAAGCCAGACCGGGGGGCGAUGCGAUGAAGCCCCUCAUUGAACUGGAGCUCAGCAUCGUGGAAUCGCCACAACACGCACAAGUGUCAGUGAACAGAGAUGAGGAUGAGCUGUCCAGGUUGCUGGAUUUGGAGUUCAUCUUGUCCAACAGCGUGGAAGGCAGCAGGAGCUCCUCUCUGCUCUCCGGGUACCCGCUGCCCGACUCCCCGGAGAGCUGCAACACGCCGGUGUAUGACAGCGAUGGCUCCCAUGGCUCGUCGCCCUCCAGCACCCGCGGCAGCAGCAGCAGCAGCGCCAGCAUCCAGGGCAGCGGCAGUCCGGCGCACAGUUUGGUGGCCGAGCUGCUGACCCCAGGAACGACCUACCAGGGUACCGUUCCGGAUUACAACAUGAAAGCAGUAAUGGAAGGGGAUUACACUGAACUGCAAGCCUUGGACAUGGGCAACCUGCAGGUCCACGCGCCUCUGGGCAACGUGCACCCGUUGGGCCCCAAAAUUAAAACGGAGAACCGCGAGCGCUCGUGCAUGAUGGCUUCCGACUUCGCAGCUCCGAUGUACGAGCAGAAGGUGCUCCGCGCUAUGCACCUUCAGCAGCAGCAGCAGCAGGCUGCGCUCCAGGGGAUGGGCUUUGCCCACCACGGCCUGCCCCCAAACCUGCCGCGCAAAGAGUGCACCCUGGCAGAAAUGCACCCGCAUCCUCAUGCCCAUCCUCCCGCUCAGCUGGUGCAGCAGCCAGCCUACGUGGGCAGCGCCCCCUACCCGGCUCAGUACCACCAGCAUCACCAGGGGCAGGGCGCGCAGCACUACCACGGCCAGUACGGCAUGUUCCGCGAGCCCAUGCGCGUCCACCAGCAGCAGCACCACCACCACCACCACCCUGCCGUGAACGGGAUGCCCAGCAUGGUGACGCCCCCUUCGUCGCCGCUCCUGGAUUUCUUUGCACCCGAAGAAUGCAAGCCGAAGCGGGGCCGCCGCUCCUGGGCCAGGAAGCGCACUGCCACGCACAGCUGCGAGUACCCGGGCUGCGGGAAGACCUACACCAAGAGCUCCCACCUGAAGGCGCACAUGCGCACUCACACAGGUGAGAAGCCGUACCACUGCAACUGGGAGGGCUGCGGCUGGAAGUUCGCGCGCUCCGACGAGCUCACCCGCCACUACCGCAAGCACACGGGCCACCGGCCCUUCCAGUGCCACCUGUGCGAACGCGCCUUCUCCCGCUCCGACCACCUGGCGCUGCACAUGAAGCGCCACAUGUAGAGAGAAGCGCGUCGGGGGGGUCUACUAUACAUUACAUGUCGUAAUAUGCUCUGUAAAUAAAAAGGUAAACAGUGCAUUUUUACCCUCUCCGCUAAAUUAAGACAGUAUUUAAAAGUCCUAUCAUCUUUUAAGUAGUCUUCCGCUGUGUUGUUGUGUUAUGGAAUUCGAAGGGGAAGCGUGCGUUGCCGUUGGGGACGACGAGAAUCUGCUCGUGUAAAUGAAGACGGGCCGGGCCCUUAGCUAUUGUGUGCUCAUGUUUUACUUUAAAGGGCAGUUUUUUUUUUUAAUUUUUCUUUUCCCCCUACAGUUUUUUUUUUUCUCUUUUUAAGAUUUCUGUCUCAGAAUGAGAUUUGAUGUGUUUUAUGUACAUUUACCACUGAGACAAACCAAUGUGCUGCCAGUUCACUUGUACCGUUCGCAGGUACAUUUUCAAUGUAAGCGACACAUUUCAUACUCUUGGCUAUGUCAAAUUAUUUUGAAGGUAUUAACUCUAAUUGCUCCAAAACAAGGUACUGACACUCUACCUUUAAAUGAAGU